AUGGGUGGUGGUGGUCUUGGCGCCAUGGGUGGCGGUGGCCUUGGCGCCAUGGGAGCCAUGGGUGGCUUCGGACCUACCAUUGACGGCAUGGGUGCCAUGGGUGGCUUUGGAGCUAUCAUGGAGACCAUGGGAGGUAUGGGUGGCUUUGGAGCACACCCCGGCACCAUGGCCGGCAUGGGAGGCAUGGGUGCACCUCCGGCCGCCAUGGGCGGAAUAUCUUGCCAACACCGCCCGGCUUCACGUGAUACGGUGCGCGACAAUGAUGAGGAGGAGGAAGAAUCGUCUUCGGAGGAGGAAGAAUCGUCUUCGAAAGAUGAGGACGAAGACGAGGACGAGGCUUGA